GCCUGAUAGCACAGUAGCACAACACGAAGAAGAAGGAGCUCGCCUCGGGUUAGCUGCGCAUUUUCUCUCUUGGCGCACGGAGACGAUCGGCCAUGAAGAGACUGCAGCUGAGCUUUGGCGACGAGCCGGAGGUGGAUGGCGCCGUUAUCGCCCAGGAGGUGAUGCUGUUGCUCGCCGCCCAGAACGCCGCGGCGGGUGGCGAGCCCAUGCACCAUCACCAGCGGCCGCGCGCGUUCGAGUGCAAGACGUGCAACCGCCAGUUCUCGUCGUUCCAGGCGCUCGGCGGCCACCGCGCCAGCCACAAGCGGCCGCGGGGCGGCGACCAGAGCACGCCCGCGCGGCCCCCGCCGCCACCGAGGAGGCACGGGUGCGCGGUGUGCGGCGUCGAGUUCGCGCUCGGGCAGGCGCUGGGCGGGCACAUGAGGCGCCACCGAACCGCGGGCGCCGACGAGGAGGAUGACACCGCUCGUGUGCCGGUGAUCGCCGAGCGGGAGACCGGCGAGACGAGGGGGCUGAUGCUGCUGGGCUUUGACCUGAACGCUACACCCUCCGAUGGAACGUCGCAAGCUCUGGACCUGUGGGCAUGAACAUGCUUGUUUCUUCCUGAAGUAUAGCGUCCUUAUACUCUUUAACCUAGGGAUCGGGGAUUUCUUCUUUGUUCUGUUGUAAAAUACCGCUGGAGUACUGCUGAUUGAUUGAUGUGGG